AUGCAGCGAGAAGACAUCACGUACUUUGGUGCCGGCCCCGCCGCCCUCCCCACGGAGGUUCUGGCCGAUGCUGCUGACGCACUGCAGAACUACAAUGAGACGGGCUUAGGUGUCGCAGAACACAGCCACCGCAGCGAACACGCCGCCAAGAUCCUCAACACCAUGAAGGCCGACCUGGCCAAGUUCCUCGACAUUCCCGACUCGUACGAGAUCCUGGUCAUGCAGGGCGGUGGAUCCGGCCAGUUCGACGCCACGGCGUACAACCUGACGGCUGUGUGGGUUGAGAAGCAGCGGCAGAAGAUUCUGAAGGAGCGCGGUGAGGCCAUCAGCGAGGAGGAGGUCGUUACGGAGUUGCGCAAGCGCGUGGAUGCCGAGUUCCGUUUGGAUUAUCUGGUUACUGGAUCGUGGUCGUUGAAGGCGAGCCAGGAAGCGAUUAGACUCUUCGGCCCCGAAUACGUAAAUGUUGCUACGGACGCGCGCGCAAGCAAUGGCGGCAAAUUCGGCACUAUCCCUGAGGAGUCCACCUGGAAACUGAGCCCCAAGGCUGCCAUGGUUUACUUCUGUGAGAAUGAGACCGUUGACGGUGUCGAGUUCCCCAACUUCCCAGCCGUCCUUGAGCCCAAGGGUUCGGACAACGAUCCCAUCGUCGUUGGUGACUUCUCUUCUACCAUCUUGUCGCGACGGAUACCCGUCGAGAACUUCUCCAUCAUUUUCUUUGGAGCACAAAAGAACCUGGGAAGUGCCGGCAUCACGCUUGCCAUCAUCAAGAAAGAUCUUCUGCCGCCUGUCUCACCUCCUGCCUCGCCGGCCAUUCUCCGCAAGCUUGGGUUGCCGAUCGCCCCCACAAUCUUGGAUUACGGCGUGACGGCCAAAAACAACAGUCUUUACAACACUUUGAGUAUUUUCGACGUCUACAUUGCCGGCCGAGUUCUCAAGAAGCUGCUUGCCACCUUCUCGGAUAAUGUUGACGGCCAGGAGGCGGAGGCCGGGAAGAAGGCCGAGAUGAUCUAUAAGGCGCUCGACGCAUACCCAUCUGUCUACAAAGUCGUGCCCGAGAAGAGCGUGCGUUCUAGGAUGAACGCCUGCUUCCGGGUCACCAAGGGUGGUAACGUCGACGACGCCGAGAAGGCUUUCCUUAAGGGCGCCACGGAGCGUGGACUGACAGGCCUCAAAGGCCACCGCAGUGUCGGUGGAAUCCGGGCUUCCAACUACAACGCCAUCUCGGUCUCCGACGCGGAGCAGCUGGUGUCCUACCUGAAGGAAUUUGCUGAGGCGAACUGUCACCUCGUGUCCAUCUCUCACCCUGAAUCCAGCAUCAUCAGUAUGGAGGGAGUUCAGCCAUCUCCACAGCGUCCGCGUCAAUUGUCGAUAGAGUCCCAGCCAGAUUCGGACUUGCCCCUUUUAUCAUGGGAGGAAAUCCAGCAAAAGAUCUUCCGCGACUACCCGCGGAAUCGAUCGUCUCUGCUGGAUGGUUUGGAAUCGCAGGGCCUCAAUUCGUUGCUGUCCGCCAAUUCUUAUCCCCUUCCAGAGCGACUCAGCCCCCAGGGAGUGCCGACGAGUGGUGAGAAGGCGCCUCUGUAUGGCGGAAUUUUCGUGGAGCCAUCGCCGCUGGACCGUCCAUCGGCCGAUGUAGCCACCCCCGAACCGCCCACAACCAAACCGACAAAACGAACACGCAGCGAGGCGAGUACCCCUGCAGCAUCGGCGUCGUCGAAAAAGCGCGGACGACCCCGCAAGGGCGCCGUGAGCCCGACGGGGGAGGACCCCGACGAGCGACGCCGCAUGCAGAUUCGUCUCGCCCAACGGGCGUAUCGCUCCCGCAAGGAAGCCAGUAUAUCCGCCUACAAGAGUCGCAUUGAGCAGCUGGAAACGACGGUCGAGAAAAUGAGCACGGCUGUGCUCGGGUUCAGCGACCAGCUGGUUCAGUCCGGCGUGCUGGCGUCGUACUCGGAUCUCACGGCACACCUACGCGACACGGUGGAGACGUGCUUGAACUUGGCCAAGGACGCGAGUCCGGACGGCGAGGCGGAUAUGCCCGAUUACUCCCCACAUAGCGAAGAGUCGUUAUCGGAACCGGAGCAGAAGAACCCGAAUCCAUCUUUGUUUGUCGGGCUGAUGCCGCGGCCGUCGGAGAAUAUUGUUCAGGGAUCGCCGUUGAAUCAUGCUGGUGCGCAGAAAUCUUCCACCAGUUCAUCGCCAUAUGCGAUCCAGUCGGCGGAGUUUUCUGCUGUGGAGUUGCCCGCGUUCAUUGACCGACUGCACGUCGCAUGCCUGUACCAGGGCUAUCUAGGCCUGUGUGAUCCGUCCAUCAGUAUCGAACGCCUCCAGCGACCAUUUCGGCUGCUCCUGACCAUGAUGACUCGCGAGCAACUCGCGUCGUACUUCGAGGCCGCAAUGCAGGCCAGGAUCAGCCAAAAGCGACUGGAGGCGUGGAACCAGGUGCCUUUCUUCAGUCUCGGCGGGGCGGGGACCCAUUACCCCCGGUCGCCAGCACGCAUGCACGGUUCUGGCACCCCGUUGCACCCGCUCCAGCGCUGGAGCACAGUGCAUGAUCCUCUGGCCCAGUAUCCGACCGAGAUCCAAGAGGAGCUGGAGGGGGAGUGGUUCGACAUGCAUGAUUUGGAAGGGUUUCUGCGGGAACAGAGGGUGCGUCUUUUCGCGUGUCAUCCAUCGCAAUCCAAGGAGCCGGCCUCCGCCCAAGUCGCUGUCAACGUGGGACGAUUAAUACAAGGUAGGCCUGAUCUUAUCUCAUAA